GGAAGCAAGUAGCUAACUAGAGCGCGCCGAGGGGUGACUGCACGUCUCCGCGAUGGGCCCGGGGGACGCCAGCAGCUGCAGAGAGAGAAUUUCCCCGGGGCCACACAGAGUCCCAGGCAGACCUGGGCUUCGGCCCAGAGCCUCUAGUGGCUCAAUGGGCUUCCCCUGGAGCGACAGGAGCACCACGGUCCGGGAGGAGGACCCAGGCGCCAGCCCGAGGCUAGAGGACGUCAGACAGCGGUUCGUGCGCGCCUUCCAGCGAGCUGUGCGGUGCGGGGGCUCCAGGCGGGCGCAGGAGGCUGCGGCUGCCGCUGCACCAGCUGGCGCCCCGGGAAAAAUAGCUGCCGCCCGGGAAGAGCGCAGCCGGGCGCGCGUGGAGGGCGCCCUGGCCGGGCUGCGCUCGGAGCUGCUGGAAAUGCAUUUCCAAAACCGCCAGCUGGCAAGAACUUUACUGGAUUUAAACAUGAAAAUGCAGCAAUUGAAAAAGGAGUAUGGAGUGGAAAUUGCAUCAGAAACUCAAAGUCCAGAAGAUGAUGAUAUGAAUUCAGAAUAAGGGAAUGUAUGUGUGAAGACCUGAACCUGAAAAAUAAUGUAGACAACUCUGAAACGAUUCUGACAGUAACAUUACGGAUGCUUUGCAUAAGCUUUGAGGGGCAACUUGUAGGCCAAAAACUUAGAUGCCAAGGGGGAGCCACAAAAAAGUACCAUGAGAAAGGCGAGAGAAAUGGUCUGUUAUUUAAUUUUAAAGUUACUUACUCAUUAUUUUGGCUGGGACAUAGAGGUAAAAAUAAAUACAUAUCAACAAGUGCCUUAAUGCCAACUUGCAGUAUUUCAUCUUCGUCAUCUUACCUUCCUGAUAUCGCCUGAACUUUUAGAAUGUGUGCUUGUUUUUGUUUUACUUGUU